UAGACUGUAAAUGCACUAGAUGAUCAAUUAACUUGAACUAAUUAAGUAUUUUGUUGAGGCCUUGAAUUGAAGUUAUUCAUUUUCUAAAGGUUUGUAGAGUAAGGAGUUAUUUUACACACGCAGAUGACCGGGUGACACCUGAUAACACUCCUGUGAGUGUGUUAUGACAGAUUAAACAUUAAUUUAUCUACCACUAAUGCCCUCCUACCAAUGGAAAGGUGUUAAACCUCCACUUGACAAACAAGCUCCUAUCGAACACUUCCAGCCUGUGUGUUGCACCAACACCUGUGACUGAAGAUGAGCUCCGGGUUCGGGCAGGUACUGACAGCGGUCGAGUUCGGAACAUUCCAGAAGCAAAUGUUGGCUGCGAUAUGCUUCCCGAACAUCUUCAACGGGUUCCACAUGUUCUGUCAGGUGUUUACCGGGAUGAACUUCCCUCAUCACUGUAACACAGACUGGAUCAGGACGCAGGGACCCAACCUGACCAACGAUAGGCUGUUGAACCUCACCCUUCCACCGUUGGACGAUGGCCCUGGGUUCCAGUCCUGUAAGAUGUACACUCCGGUGGAUCUGGACUUGCAGACUAUUGAAGUGUAUGGGAUAAACAGUACCAUCUCCUGCAGGGAUGGAUGGAAGUAUGAGGCUCCCCAAGGGACCACAAGCCUGGUGACUGAGUUCAACUUGGUGUGUGCCAACAGUGGUCAGCAGGCGUCCCAGUCCAUCUUCAUGGCAGGGCUCCUGAUCGGUGCUCUGGUGUUUGGGCCAAUGGCAGACAGGUAUGGUAGAGGCGUUUUUGUGGUCCUCCUCUCUUUGCUCGUCCAGCUGUUGUUCAGCGUGGGAGCAGCCUUCUCUCCCAACAUCUAUGUUUACAUAGCCUUCAGAUUCAUGGUCGGCACCACCAUCUCAGGCGUCGCUAUAAACACGUAUGUCUUAGGUGCUGAGUGGACUGGUAACAAAAGGGCUCUGUUCACCAUCUUCUCCCACUGUUUCUAUGCCAUUGGUCUGAUGCUGAUGUCUGGGAUCGCCUACGGGGUCAGAGACUGGAGGAUCCUACAGCUGGUCCUAUUCAGCCCUGUCCUGUUCCUCGGGGUAUUCUACUGGGUCCUCCCAGAGUCAGCUCGGUGGCUGAUGACCCAGGGCCGAAAGGAGGAGGCUCGCCAGGAGGUCUGCAGAGCAGCGAGAGUCAACAGAAGGGAGGUCCCUGAAGCCCUGCUGGACAAGCUGGAGGAGGAGGGCUCGACCAAGACGGGCAGUAUGUUGGACCUCUUCAGGAUCCCCUACUUGAGAAAACGGGCUCUCAUUCUCUGCUAUAUCUGGUUUGUAACCAGUCUGGUGUACUAUGGGGUGAGUCUAAACGUGGGUAACUUUGGUCUGGACAUCUAUCUGACCCAGCUGAUCUUUGGCAUUGCUGAGCUCCCUGCCCGACUGGGCUCCCUGCCCCUCAUAGAACACUUUGGACGGAGGAUGUGUCAGGCCAUCGCCCUGUUCUUUGGAGGCACAGCCUGUCUUGUUCUUCUAGCUGUUCCAGAUGACAUGCCAGUAGUGACGACAGUCAUAGCCGUGUCAGGGAAAUUUGCCCUGGCUGCCUCCUUCACCAUCAUUUAUGUUUACACAGCAGAGCUCUAUCCCACUGUAGUGAGACAGAACGGAGUGGGUCUGAACUCCAUGUGUGCCCGUGUGGCUGGCAUCCGCCCCCUGAUUAGACUGCUGGAGGUGUAUCACUAUUCCAUCCCUAUGUUGAUCUAUGGCAUCCUGCCCUUCCUGGGUGGAGGCCUCUGCUUCAUGCUGCCUGAGACACUCAACACUGAGCUACAAGACCACACUGAACCACAGGAGAAGGACUCAGUAACUCCUGAGAAGUUGAAUCUUGAAAAUGGACUCAGUCAUGUAGAGGAUAAGACAGAAGAAACAAUGAUCACAAAAAUGUAAAUGAUUAUCACUGUUUUAUAAUAUCUUGAGCUUUACAUAGCGUAUGUGAUUGUUUUGAUUAUUAUCAAUAUCAAGUAGAUCUCCUAAAUGGUCAAUCAAAACAUUCGAUUGCUAUUCAGAUCUCAUACUAUUUUGUGAGAGAGACAUUUUGUAAACAUAACUAUUUUGUAUUAAUCAAAUUAUAAAAUACAUUAUUUAUAUCACAAAAACAUUUUGAUAUAGUUGAACAUUUCUAAAUAAAAAUACAA